GUCAACUUAUACAUAUUAUCUAUGUAGAAGUUAUAGGCUAGACUGAGGUAUGCUUCUAGUGAGUACAACCAACUAUCGUGGUGCUCAAUGAACGGCACUGCCAAGAUUGCUCGUUCAUUAUUGUUGUAUCCCUCCUUGUUCUUGCCCCUGCUAGAACUAACUCGUUUCUUUGCCACAGCGCCUUCAGCCUUUUAGACAGCGCCACUCAACAGCAAUCUCGCCGAUCCUUCACCGAGAUCAGCGCCUCCCACGAAUCUUCCCAUUGGGAACCUAACUCGCCCGGGGAAGUCUAUUUUCUCAGCGUCAGCUGCGAUUGCUCCGUGGCCGCAGUUCCACCACACGUCGUCGUGCGCCCGCAGCGGUCUCCGUCAUCGCCCUGCCCACGCCCUCCCUCGCGCUGCGCCGUCAUUGCGCCACCCCUUGCCUCGUGCGAGUGCGCUAGACAGGCGCGCCUCACACAGCCCGCGCUGCGACUGUGAGCGCCCGGCGGACGCGGUUCACCCGCCGCUUAAGAAGGCAAUGGCUGGUGGGGUGGGCGCGUGGCGGCGGGGCGGCAUCAGCAUCAUCCGCAUGGUUACGAUUGCGUGGGCGCCGCUGGCGCUCGCACUGCUUGCGGCCGCCAGUCUUACCGUGCCAUGCUGCGCCGUCACGCGCGAAACGCAAGCGCUGGCGAGCAUGGCGGCACAGUGGCACGCGGGCGACGCGCUGGCGUCGUGGCAAGUGGACGAUGUGUGCGGCGCCCCAGCAGGGGCGACGGGCGUCACGUGCCAAGACGGGUCCGUCACCGCCUUGUCGCUGAGCGCAUCAGGGCUGUCGGGGCCGCUGCCUGCGGAGCUAGGCAGCCUCUCAGCGCUCACUCUCCUGGACCUGAGUUACAACAAGCUCACUGGCAGCAUGCUCAACAGCAUCAGCAACCUCACCCGGCUGCAUACGUUUGACCUUCACGCCAACAAGCUCAACGGCUCACUUCCCGACUCCCUCUCUGCCCUCAAAUCCCUGCAAAAACUAGACUUUCAGCGCAACGCCUUCAGCGGCACCCUCCCCACGUCCCUCUUCGCCCUCACCAACCUUCGCUACCUAUACACGGAUGGCAACAAGCUCUCAGGGUCACUGCCUGCCACUGUCGGUCGCCUCUCCAACCUCGUUGCCCUGCAGUUCAGCGGCAAUGCCUUCAACGGCACCCUGCCCGACUCCCUCAGCCGCCUCUCCAAUCUCCUCGACCUGGAGCUUCAGAAGAACAAGUUCUCGGGCUCCUUCCCCUCCUUCGUCUCCACCCUGCGCCAACUCACCAUGCUCUAUAUGAGCAACAACAACUUCACGGGCGACUUCCCACACUUCAUAGGCAACAUGACCCGGCUCGCCUAUGUCAAGAUCUUCACAAAUCAGCUCAGAGGCACGCUGCCUCAAUCCUUCAGCCAGCUGCGCAAUCUCACGCACCUCGACCUGAGGGACAUGCAGCUGUACGGACCCCUGCCGCCCUGGCUGGGCGACCUCACUCGCCUUAACUACCUCCACUUCCGCAACAACGAUCUGGCUGGCCCUUUGCCUGAGUCACUGGGGAAGCUCACCAACCUCAUUGAGAUCUCUCUCAUUGGCAACCCUAAGCUCAAUGGCACGCUGCCUGCGUGUUGGGCCAACUCCAUGUCCCUCGGUACCAUUGCGGCGUCGCGCCUUCAAUACGCGUGCCCUUCGCCUGAGUCCUGCUGCCCCACCGGCAGCCCUGUUCAGGACCUGCCCUUUUGCGUCAACUUCUGCCCCCAGUACUGCACCGCCUGUGCUCCAGGCAUGGCGCCUGGAGCUGUUGCGGGCAUUGUUGUCGCGGCCACACUUGCGCUGCUGGCCGUGCUGGCGCUCGCCCUCUACGUAGGCUACUACAAGUGGGGCCCCGGCCGCACGCGAGCGUGGGAGCGUGAGUUGGAGCGGGGGUUCCGCAAGUACACAUGGCGGGAGGUAAUGGGCGCCACUGACAACAUGAGUGACGCCAGGAAGCUGGGCAAGGGGGGCUUUGGCACGGUGUAUCUGGGGCAGGGGGAUGCGCCGGACCAGCUGGUUGCUGUGAAGCGUGCAGCAUUCGUGGAGCGGUCGUCCAAGACAGCCACCAUGUUUGAGGAGGAGGUGAAGGCGGUGUCACGCUUCUACCACAGGAACCUCGUGCGCCUGCUGGGGUACUGCAGUGACAACUCGGAGCAGGUGCUCGUGUACGAGUACGUGCCCAAUGGGCCGCUCAGCGACCACCUCUACGGCGACAUCAAAGGGCAGCUGCUGACAUUUGAGCAGCGGUUGGAGGCGGCAAUAGGGCUGGCGGAGGGGCUGGUGUACCUGCACAACCACACGGAGCGCCCCACCGUGCACCGCGACAUCAAGCCCUCCAACGUGCUGCUCACCCUCGACUACCAGGUGAAGAUUGCAGACUUUGGGUUGCUACGGGAGGUGGGCAGGGAGGAGAUGGUCACAUUCACCAAGGUGGCUGGCACACGGGGCUACAUGGACCCUGACUACAUGACCUUGGAGUUGCUCACCACCCGCAGUGAUGUCUACAGUUUUGGGGUGCUGCUUCUGGAGCUGGUGACAGGGAGGGAGGCGAUGGAGAGGGACCCGGAGGACAAGGAUAAGCUGGUGCACAUAACGUCGGUGGUGCUGCCCUUCAUAGUGUCGGGGGACAUCGACCUUGUGGUUGACACACGCAUUGCCACACCUCUCAACCUGCCCACUCUCCUCGCCAUGGCUCAGAUUGCGGCUCUCUGCGUGCAGCAGCCAGCCACGAGGCGGCCUGAGAUGGUGGAGGUGGUGAAGGCGCUGCACGCCGCCCGAAAGGACUACCACGCCCUCCACGCUGCUGCUGCUCCCGGGGUUGGCAGCAGUGACAGGGAGGCGUCGCAGCGGACCAGUGGGCAGCCGGAGAUGGGGGAUGAGGGAAAGACCCUCAUGAUUGGUGACGGAGUGCUGCUUGGAAGUACAUGGCAGGGUGGAUGGUCGCGAAGCAUCAUUCAGGCAUCCAUGGCGAAGCCCGACAACGAAGUGGACCUGGCGACCUGGCGCAUGGCGAAUGCUAGUAGUGCCCUGGCCGAAGCUGCUACUGCUCUGGCAGCGGCACAUGCCAUUGUGGUGAUGGAAGGGAUGCACAGUGAGAGUGAGAGGACAGCAGAGAUGCCAAACACAGCUGAGAGGAAGCAAACAAAAGGCAAGGCCCAUAUAUCAGAGCUGCCCCCUGUACCUGUGUGGGAGCAGCGCACAAGUGGCGAGUCGACUAUCAACACUAGCAGAUCAUUGCUGCACGGCCGGGUGAGCUCGUUUUCUGAUAGCAGCAGCAGUUGGGCUUCUCCACACGCAACAAACAAUGCGGUGUGAAGGUUUUCUAGAUUGGAAUUUAGGUGAAUAUGCUAUCUAGCGUCAAGUAAGGCUCAUAAACCUAGGCAUAUUGUUUUGUGCAUUGUCAAUUGCCUUGUAUAUUAACUUGGAGUCCUCAAUA